GCUCUGCCUUCGCUAGAAUCCCUGUUCUGCGACACCCAAGCAGAGCCUCGACCGAGGGCCAAGUCAGUUCAGAAAGUGACUUGCUGUUUGGGGUCAGGUCCCGAGGACAGGUUUAAGGAACAGAUACUCAGUUGCUUCUACUGAAGAAAAGGAUGUUAAUGGUACAGAGUGCCAGUGGCAGUGUAAUGUUCAAGCCCAGAAAUGCCUUAUGUGGAUCGACAGAAUCGCAUUUGUGGUUUUCUAGACAUUGAAGAAAAUGAAAACAGUGGGAAAUUUCUUCGACGGUAUUUCAUCCUGGAUACCAGAGAAGACAGCUUCGUAUGGUACAUGGAUAAUCCACAGAACCUGCCUUCAGGAUCAUCACGGGUUGGAGCCAUUAAACUUACCUACAUUUCAAAGGUUAGUGAUGCAACUAAGUUGAGACCAAAGGCAGAGUUCUGUUUUGUUAUGAAUGCAGGGAUGAGAAAAUACUUCCUACAAGCCAAUGAUCAGCAAGACUUAGUGGAGUGGGUAAAUGUCUUGAACAAAGCUAUAAAAAUUACAGUACCAAAGCAGUCAGACUCACAGCCGGUUUCUGACAGCCUGAGUCGUCAAGGUGACUGUGGCAAGAAGCAAGUGUCUUACAGAACUGAUAUUGUUGGUGGUGUUCCCAUCAUCACUCCAACUCAGAAAGAAGAAGUAAACGAAUGUGGUGAAAUUGUUGACCGAAACAAUUUGAAACGGUCACAAAGCCAUCUUCCUUACUUUGCUCCUAAGCCACCUCCAGACAGUGCAAUUAUCAAAGCCGGGUAUUGUGUGAAACAAGGAGCCGUGAUGAAAAACUGGAAGAGAAGAUAUUUUCAGUUGGAUGAAAACACAAUAGGCUACUUCAAAUCUGAACUGGAAAAGGAACCUCUGCGGGUAAUACCACUUAAAGAAGUUCAUAAAGUCCAAGAGUGUAAGCAAAGUGACAUAAUGAUGAGGGACAACCUGUUUGAAAUUGUAACAACGUCUCGAACUUUUUAUGUGCAGGCUGAUAGCCCCGAAGAGAUGCAUAGUUGGAUUAAAGCAGUCUCUGGCGCCAUCGUAGCACAGCGGGGACCUGGCAGAUCAGCAUCUUCUGUUAACUCUAAUCUUAGCUUUGCACUGUGUUCCAGAUGCGGCAGGCCAGAAGGCUGUCGAACCCUUGUAUACAGAGGUAUACAUCAAGAGCUGGUGAAUGCAGCACGUAUGUGGGCUCUCAUGCAAAUGUGCCUUCUUAGUAGAGGGCCUGGACUCGCUCCCUACUCACAACUGAUCAUAGAAGGAGCAUUCCAGCUGUCCUUCAGAAUCCAAAUACACUGUCCGUCCUGCCGGGGCAGCAGCAGGCACCUCACAUUCCGCAGCCUCUCGCAGCCACUCUCUGGUCUCAAGCCAUACCAUGGAGAAGCGAGGAUUUUACGAAUCUCUUGCCAAGGUCAAGCCAGGGAACUUCAAGGUCCAGACUGUCUCUUCAAGAGAACCAGCUUCCAAAGUGACUGAACAAGCCCUGCCCAGACCUCAAAGUAAAAAUGGCCCUCAGGGAAAAGAUGGUGAGCCAGUGGACUUAGAUGAUGCCAGCCUGCCAGUCAGUGAUGUGUAAGGUGGGAGCACGUGGUGCCUGCCCCACUCACCCCUCAGUGUCCUUCCAUGAGGCUUCUAGCCAAAGAUGAUAAAAGAGAGGGUGAAUGGUUUCAGUGCACAUAUUAUAUAUUGUCUCUUGGGUGUACUCUGUAAGCUGGCAAGCCAAGAAUCUAGGGAGUGGCCAAGUCAAUGUAAUUUCUUUAAGAAAGGAAGGAAAAAAGCUGUGUCCAUAUUGAGUGUCUGUCUGAAGCUUUAUAUGUUUGGGUGGUAAAAAUGUGUGUAUAUGUAUGUGUGUGUUUUUCCUGGUAACUUUGAAAUUUUAAAUAACAACUUAAAACAUUAAAAUUUCUUAUUAUUUUGGUCAUUUAAAAAAGCUAAUAUGACUCCCUAUGAAAUAUUUAAUCAAUAUUUACACAUUCUUAUUGGUUAACAUUAUAAAACGGGACUUUGCCAAACAAAAACUCCUAAACUCAUAAUGUCUGUGGUGCUGCAAAAUUUAUAUUGCAAUGUGGACUAUUUAGAAAUUCUAACCAUUUUUGAUAUCCUGGCUUUUCAGGUGAGUGGUAAACUUUGCAUAGAAGAUUUUAUUAGACUGUUGGUGCAGGUAUGAAUUGAAGGUAUGGGGAGCAGCAAAUGUGGGAACUAGAGCUCAGCUAUAGCUAAGUUUUUUUUGUGGGACUUUUUUUGAGACAGUUUUUAAUUUUUGUGUAGCAUGGCUGUCCUGAAGCUUAUGGUGAUCCUCCUGCCUCUGCUGCCUCCCAAAUUAUAGACCCGUGUCACCAACACAUAGCCUGAGACACUUUUUUGAAAAAACUUAGUACUUGCAUCUAUCGGUAUUUUAUUUCAGUAAAAAAAUUUUGAUCGUAAAUUUUGGGAAGAUCUGAUUUAACACGGUUUCUCUAUGUAGCCCUUGCUGUCCUGGUACUUGCUCUACAGACUAGGCUGGCCUUAAACUAACAGAGAUUCGCCUGCCUCUGCCUCCUGAGUGCUGGGAUUAAAGGCAUGCACCACCACUACUUAGCUGAUUUUUUUUUGUUUUUUUUGUUUUUUUGGUAAAUAGAUCUUAUUUCUGAAUUUGGAUCAGUGUAAGACCUCAGUUCAUAUAUAAAGUCAUAACUGCCCUUAAUUGUGAAAUUGUUGUGGCCUCUACCUUUUCAUCAUUAAUAACCUAUAUCCAAGUGCCUGUGUCUUCUCAUGUCAUUUAGGAUUGUGCUCCAAAGUCCUACAUGAUUGGCUUUAAUUAAAUGUUUGAAUAAAUUAAUUUCAGUAGCAUAGCUUGACAUAUUAAAUAAGAUAGCAUUUUAUGUUAGAGAUACCAGAUCUUGGUGUUCUACUACCUGUGCAAUAUUUCUGUCUUGAAAAACAAAUUUGAGUAUGCAUUUAAUUGUGGGGAUAUCCUAAAUAGAAGUACCUCUCUAAAGAACCCAUAGUUCUGGUGUUGAUCGAUAGACUGGUCUGAGCAAGUACUGUUUGUGGCAAGUCUUAAGUGUUUGCUUUUCCCAGGCUGCUUCUCCAUGGUAUUUCUAAUCCCACACACUUCUGUUUUGGAGUCAUGGGUAUUAGUGUUUUGCCUUUUAAUGUUCUAAGACUACUUGUUGGAGGAUAAGAAAUUUGCUACUGUGGUGGGGUCUAGGGAUUAAGAUGUGUUGCUUGGUUGCCCAGUACAAGGACACACCACUCACCUUUUGUAUUCAUAAGCUAAUAUGCUAGAGUUUUAUGUAGUUUUCUCUUUUGCAACUGCAUGGAAAACCAUAGGACAACAAGGUUUUUAAGCAGUUACUACCCUUCUGCUGCCAUGUUCAUUAUCCAGGCUCUUUUGGAAGUUCCUUUUUCAUAAACAUGCCUAGGAACCCGUGUACAGACACUUGGCAGUAUUGAUGAACUUGGCGCUGUUUUCUUUGGUACAGCCUCCACAGUGCACGUUCAUUUGAACAUAUUUUGGUAUUGGUAAUUUGAUAUAUUUCAUGGUGGCAAAAUAUUAGCUCUAUUUUGGGACUUUUUAUAGAAUUAGCCUUAUUCAAAAGCAUAGAAAUAUGUUCUUGUGAUCGUCAGAGACUCCUAAUAUUUAUCUCCAUUCUUUUGUAAGCUUAUGAAAAUUAUUUAAUUAUUUUAAAACGUACUUUCCUGUAAAUAUGUCACAUCUGAAGUGUCAACAGUUCCUUUGAAUACCGUAAUAUUUGCUGCAUUUUUUUCUGUGUGCAUAACGUGUCUCCUUUCAGAACAGGAAUGUGCCUCCUGAUGUUUACUGUUACACCUGCUAUCUUUGUAUGUACAAUUGUUGAACACUGUAAUGACUUGAGAAUAAACUGCUCAGAAUUCA